AUGGCCGCGUUCAAAGCUGUGGGCGCAUCUUCAGCAUCUAGACGCCGCGGCAGAUCUAGCUGGCCGCCGCAGGGUGGCGCGGCGCCAUCUGAGCAGCUCGCGGCUGGGACGGCCUCCCCACCAGCAAGCGUGCAGCAGCAGCAGCAACAACAACAGCAGCAGCAGCGCAGCAGCGGCGGCGCGCAGCCCAGCAGCGGCGGUGGCGAUCCGGACGUCGUGCAGCUGCUCGCGCCCGCCGACGCCAAGCGCCUGGUGCGGCGAUACGAGCAGCUGAGGCGGGAGCAUGAGGCCCACGAGCGCGCAGCGGCGCCCGACAUUAUUGCUGCCAACCAGGCCCAGCUGCGCCAGUGGGCGGAGCGCGCGCGCGCUGACCUGGUGGCACGCAGCAGCAACGGGCCCCCGCUGCAGCGCACAGCAUCGAAGGCAGCAACCAGCCGCUCGGGUGGCGCCGGCGCCAGCGGGCCGGCGGGCACCGGCACCGCCAGUGCGGCGGUGUCGGGCGAUGGGCGGGGGGAUGAGGAGAGCGGCGACGGUGACGUUGGCAGCGGUGCGCCCGCCGCUUCCGCCGAGGAGGCGGACUCAGACGGCAGCUAUGAGGGACCGCGCGGCCGCAAACCGGGCAAGCGCAAGCUGUCCCCGGGGGGGCCGAGCGACCCCUCUAAGCGGCGCGCUGCGGCGGCGCCACCAGGGCCGCCACGAGCGGGCAGCGCUCAGCAGCAGCAGCUGGGGCAGCAGUUGCCCGAGGCGGAUGCAGGGACGGAUUUGCCACUGGCGCUGCGCGGCGGAGCGGGCAUCAGCACUCGGGACGUAAAGAUUGGGCGCUACAGAACGCACAUGCUGCCAGCGCUGGAGCGGAUCCCGCAGUUCUGCUCCUGGGACUUUCUGGUGUGCAACGAGCUGGCGCGGGACGAGGGGCGGCGCAUGUACUAUGUGGAUGAGCAGGGGGAGACCGUGCCCGUGAGCGACGACGAGGACGAAAAGGUGGGCGCCUGGGAGUGGUUGCAGGAGACUCUGGCAGGUCGUGUCGCCCUGCACUACCUGCCUUGGGACGGCUGUGAUGGCCCCGGGCACGACUACGCGCUGCGGACGCUGCUGGCUGAGGAAGGGGAGGGCCCGGGGGUGAUCGCGGCUUUGGCAGAGCACUUGACGGUGAAGACCGAGUGGCUGCUGCGCCACGUGGCGACGCUGAACCCCGCGGAGCGGCGGCGCGACGCGGAGAUAUGCCUCUUCAACUGCCGCCAGCACGGCGGCGGCCACGUCAAGCCCGGCGCGCGGCAGCCGCUGGCGCCGCCGCCCGGCGCAACCGACGCUCCCUGCUCGCCCGGAUGCUGGCGGUCUGCUUUGCGGGAAUCGGGAGGGGCGGCUGCGGAGGAGGGCGAGGAGGCGGAGUGGACCCCCUAUGACCUGGGUUUGCUGCAGCAGGCGGCCAGGCUUCUGGGGCCGGACCCGUGCCAGGUGUGCCUGGCGCUGUACCCGCCCCGCUUCAGCUGCUUCCAGGUCAAGCGCCGGCUGGACGCACUGCUUGCCGCCGAGGAGGAUGAGGAGGCCGGCGGCGGGGGCGGCGGCGGCGGCGGGGAGGAUGCGGGCGGGCGGGGGGCCGGCAAGCGGGGCGCGGCGCGGCGGAGGAAGAAGAUGCUGAACCAGCAGGGCAAGGCGGCGCGCAAGGCGGUGCUGAUGCGGCGCUUCCGCAGCAGCGAGGAGGACGGUUGGCCCGCGUACACGCCCUGCGACUGCGUCGGGCCCUGCCGCGAGGGGGAAUGCAGCUGCAUAGCCUCCGCGAAUUUCUGCGAGAAGUUCUGCGGCUGCUCUGGUUGCCCUGAGACCAAGUGCAGAUUUGAGGGCUGCAAGUGCACCACGCGCUGCCGCACCUCGCGCUGCUCCUGCCUGCUGGCCAACCGCGAGUGCGACCCAGACCUCUGCAAGGGCUGCGCGCCGACGUGCGACGGCACGGCGCCGCCCGGGACGGAGUGCUGCAACAUGAACCUGCGGCUGCGGCGGCGCAAGCGGGUAGUCAUGAGCCUCUCCGCGACGCACGGCUGGGGUGCCUUUCUGGCAGAGGGUGCAGCCAGGGGGGACUACAUUGGGGAAUAUGUGGGGGACCUGCUGGGGCAGGAGGAGGCGGACAGGCGCGGGCGCGUGUACGACAAGAUCGACAACUCGUACCUCUUCAACGUCAACCAGCAGUGGGUGCUCGACGCGCGCCGCCGCGGCAACAAGCUGCGGUUCGCCAACCACAGCACGCGCCCCAACUGCUCCGCGCGCGUCCUGCAGGUUGACGGCGACCACCGUGUGGCCAUAUUCGCGGCAGAGGACAUCGCAGCGGGCGAGGAGCUGUUUUACAACUACCGCUACGACAUGGACAACGCCCCGGACUGGGCGCUGGCAAACUGA